AUCUCUAAUGAAAUGUUAAGCUCAAAUUUAUAGAGUUUUUACGAUCGAUUUCGUCUUGUGAUGUUUAAAAUGGAUUUUUUGAUGUUAUAGAGACUUYUUCUACUGAUUUGAUCGGUUUUACAUCCGUCAAUUUUCAAGGUAAGCUGUGGAUUCGAGUUUUCUUUGGAACAGACCUUGUUGCAUAAGAGYCAUGGCGAUGAGAGAUUUGGUUGAAGGUGAAUGUGGAGGUGCAAACCCUCUCAUGAAGCUUGUAUCUCACUUCACACAAGACAAAUCACUUCAUCAGGAAGGUCUCAUACAAGACAGAUUUGGCCCACAAUCCCAUCUGCACGAAAAACCAUUCCACGAAACACCUGAACAUGAGUUGRCUGAGGAAUUCCUCAGGGACCCAAGAAGCCAUGCUCCACCUCAGACUUUUAGAAUGGAUGCUUUGAUACAUGAAAUGAAGGAAAUAGAAGAACGGAAUUUACAUCACACACCAGUCAGAGCUCCUGGUGUGGCUGAUUUAGUAAGYAGUGAAUGGGCUUCAGAGUUUUUAUCACCAGAAGCAAGAAGAUCACAAGAUUGGGCAAAAGAAUAUGAAGAAUCUCAGCGACAUCAUCCUAKAGCAGAGCUCCAUCAAACACCAAUAAAAUGGGCWCAUGAAUACCUGGAUAAUGUGAGAGAUGUACAUGACAAUGAAACUCAUGAUGAUGGUAAAUGGGUUGAAGAAUACAAAGUUGAAGAUGAUAACGCACAGCUUGCUUCRAUUGCUGGAAACUUACUGGAAACCAAYCAGGAUCCUAAAUUUGCAAAUUCWAAAUUUAUGAAGUUUAUGCAAAAGUUGCGAGAUGGGGAGUUUAAAGUUGAAGAUAAUCAGGUGGUGGAUGCCAAAACAGGAGAAGAGAUUACAGAUGAUAGUCUGGAAGUUGAAGACUGGAUAUCAGAUUAUAAUAAAUUCAGAUCCGGUGAAGAAGGCUGGACWGGGGAAUAUUUGAAUGACUUUCAAGGUCCAGAGCAGGCUGAUGUUGACUACUGGAAUCAUUUGCAGGAUGAAUGGGAAGACCUUGUUAGGAAUGGUGACCAGGAAGCUGAGUCAUGGUACAGUGAAUAUGAAGCCUCGUUAAACAAGGAAUAUAAAUUUGAAGAAGACAAUCCACUACUAGAACAUCCUAACGCAUUUGAAGAAGGACUUAAAAAGCUUAAAGAAGGAGAUUUGAUCAGCGCAAUAUUAUUAUUUGAAGCUGAGGUAAGACAGAACCCCAAUCAUGCUGAGGCUUGGCAAUAUCUUGGAACAAGCCAAGCUGAAAAUGAGCAAGAUACUGUGGCUAUUGUUGCCCUCAACAAAUGUUUGAAUCUUCAGCCAGAAAACCUCACAGCACUCAUGGCACUGGCCGUCAGCUAUACCAAUGAAUCCAUGCAAUCACAGGCAUGCAACACAUUAAAAAGAUGGUUGGGUGCAAAUACACGGUACAGGGACCUCGUACCCACUGAGCCUGGGGGCGCAACCGGUCAGCGGCCCAACAUCUCAAGUAUCAUGUCACGUGAGAUGUACAACGAAAUAAAAGACCUUUACAUUGCGGCUGCGCAGAAAACACCGGAAAAUGAUAUGGACCCUAACGUACAGCUCUCAGGAGAGUACGACAAAGCCGUCGAUUGUUUCCAGUCCGCUCUUCAAGUUAGUCCGAGUGAUUCAUCGUUAUGGAACCGACUGGGUGCUACUCUAGCAAAUGGCGGGCGCAGUGAGGAAGCGGUUGAAGCUUAUAGACAUGCGCUGAUGUACAGUCCCGGGUUUAUUCGAUGUCGAUAUAAUCUUGGUAUUAGUUGUAUUAAUCUUGGAGCGCAUAAAGAAGCUGUGGAACAUUUCUUGACCGCUCUUAAUAUGCAAAGAAAGGGUUCUGACAUMCCAAAUGGCAACAUCUCCACCAUGUCAGACAACAUAUGGUCCACACUGCGCAUGACUCUAUCGCUCAUGGGUAAACCAGAACUWUACCAGGCUGUCGAUAAACGCGACCUCGAUCACUUGAACAGCGUGUUCCCCCAUGARUCUGAAUCAGUACCYAUAGAAGUAUAGCCCCCUAAAGAUGUCUGCCUACGGGAAGGACAGUCAGAAUUUACUUCAAAAAUGUUACUGUGGGAGAGGGGACUAAGGAAACUUGCCCAUKUCUGGAUAUUGCGCUGACGAAAAGUUGGAAAAUAUAAACUCACUAUUGGAGAAUCGAUACGAUUUUCACAUGUCAAAUGGCACUCAAUCCAUGAGAGAAAUUAACUSUCAAUCAGUACCACAGGGCACCCAUUKYURGCUUCGAAUACUAGUGCCCAGUCCCAACUACAUGAUUUYCGACGCCYRGUCUGAGGGCAAGUUACGUGUGAUUGUGCAAAGUUGAGUCAAUUAAAAUGAACACCACA